AGCGGAAAUACCAUACAACACAUCAUGGCCUCUACCACUGGCUGACUACCAUUUUUUUCUUGACGGGGAUUUCCUGAGGAAGUAAGACCAAAGCAAAGGGGGCUUUCCAACCACUAGACAUCAAGACAAGAGCAAGUCAGCAGCGGCUGCUUUUUCUGCUAUAUUCCCGUAUGGAUUUUAGUACAUUUCCUUUUAACAUUCUGUUUUUAAAAUGUCAGCUACCGAUCAAAAGCCUCUAGCUGCCUGUUUUAAAACCGGCAGUGUUUGGUCGUUUUCAUUGUAAGCGGUUACAUUGUGGUGUUCAUGAACGUGCCAUUCAUCGAAGCUCCAUUUGUAACAUUGUAGCUCCUGGAAAACGGCGUUGCGUUGGCCCACGUUAUAUCUGAUUCAUGUCAUGUCAGCAGGGCGGAAUGCGGACGGGCGGGAGCUGCAGAUCCCCCUCCAGCAAUGCGCUCUCUCCCUGGCCGCUCUCUCCCUGGCCCAGCGCCCCUGGCCCAGCGACCACGUGGCAGGCUUCCUACCCCAGCACGGGGGCUUCAGGGACCACUUCGUAGCCACCCCGGAACCCAAGUACUGCUGUGAGUCCUGCAAGCUGGUGCUCUGCAACCCCAGGCAGACAGAAUGCGGACACAGGUUCUGUGAAACCUGUAUCUCUGAUCAGCUAAGCAAACCGAAUCCAGUAUGUCCAGAAGAUAAGGAACCUCUGUUCAAAGACAAGGUCUUCCGUGACGUAUGCUGCCAUAGAGAGAUCAUGGCUCUGAGAGUGUACUGCAGGAGUGAAAAGAACGGCUGUAAGGAGCAGAUCAGUUUACAGCAGGUCAUGGAUCAUUUAAAUGUGUGUCCGUAUUUUGAGGUGCCAUGCCCUUUGGGAAAGUGCAAAGAGAAGAUGAUGCGCAAAGACAUUCCUGAACAUUUGAGUUGGAAAUGUAAACACAGGGAGACCACCUGUGAAUUCUGCAUGCAGAAGAUGGCCAUGACUGAGUUACAGAAACACAAAGACACCGUUUGUCCUUCAUUUCCGGUGGCCUGCCCCAAUCAUUGUACUUUCCCCUCCAUCUUACGGAGCAAACUGACGAGUCAUCAACAUGAGUGUCCCAAGGCUCAUGUCACCUGCUCCUUUAUCCGCUUUGGAUGCAAUUUCAAGGGUCUCAACCAAGACAUGAGGGACCAUGAAUCUAGCUUUGCCUCUGAACACCUGCGGUUGAUGGCAACCAGAAACACUACACUGGAGGCCAAGGUGGAGGAUGUUAAAGGAGAGCUUCUAGAGCGGUACAAGGUUCUGCCGGGCCUGAGCAGCCGUCUGUCUGAAACAUUAUCUCACUACGAGGAGAUGAGGGAGAAGAAUAGACAGCUGGACCAGAAGCUCAAUGCCAUGCAGGAGUUGAUGAGUUCCCACUCUGAGAAGCUUCUGGAGAUGGAGCUGGAGCUGAGGUCUCUGAGGUCUGUCCGAGAGGAGGUGGAGACCCUCCGAGGAACCGUGGAGAGCAUCCGCUCCAGAGUCGCCACUCUAGAAGGAGGGCGGGGCGGGGCCAACCCAGCCACACACACACUAGAGACACAGCUCUCCCGUCACGACGACAUGCUGAGCGUCCAUGAGAUCCGACUAGCAGACAUGGACCUGCGCUUCCAGGUCCUAGAGACGGCCUCCUUCAAUGGGAUGCUCAUCUGGAAGAUCCGUGACUACAAGCGGCGGAAACAAGAAGCCGUGGCGUCAAAGACCCUGUCUCUCUACAGCCAGCCUUUCUACACUGGCUACUUUGGCUACAAGAUGUGUGCCCGGGUCUACCUGAACGGAGACGGCAUGGGGAAAGGAACCCACUUGUCGCUGUUCUUCGUGGUGAUGCGUGGCGAGUACGAUGCCCUUCUGCUCUGGCCCUUUAAGCAGAAGGUGACCUUGAUGCUGAUGGAUCAGGGCCCAGCCAGAAAGCACUUAGGGGAUGCCUUUAAACCAGACCCCAAUAGCAGCAGCUUCAGACGGCCCACAGCAGAGAUGAACAUAGCCUCAGGCUGCCCGCUGUUCGUGGCCCAGACUGUGCUGGAGAACGGUACUUACAUCAAGGACGAUACCAUCUUCAUUAAGGUCACAGUAGAUACGUCUGACCUCCCUGACCCCUGACCUAUGGUCUGUAGAGAACAGCAGAUGUAUCCGGAUCAGUUUUAUCUGUCAGAGGGAGAGGUGCCCUUAUGUGAGAGAGAUUGCAAGAUGAAAUGGAGUAAAAAAAGGAAGCAGAAGGAGAAAAGAACAGAACAAAAAAGUUAGCAGAAUAAGGUUUCUUUGCAGAUCUCAGUGUGUAGCCUAAGCCUGUAGAAAGAGCUGAGUGGACCUCCGAGCAGUAGCCUUUGGUCCCUUUGUUGCUCACCAGAGAGGUGAGAGGAUUAUUUUUCAACAAGGGAGAUAUGUCACAAGCAGGGUUGGGUAGGUUACUUUCUAAAUAUCAUCCGUUACAGUUACUAGUUGCCUUUCCAAAAUUGUAAUCAAUAACGUAACUUUUGGAUUACCCAAGCGCUUUGUUACUUUUAGAUUAUUUUCCCCUUAAGAGGCAUUAGAAGAAGACAGAAAUGUAUGUUACCAAUUGAACUACAUCUAUUGCAGGAUAAAUCAAUGUUAGUUUACAUAGCUGGCCUUAUAUGGAUGCUACAUUUUACAUUAUGGGUUGGUUAUGUAGGCUUCUUCCAACCCAUCGCUUUCUACUACAUACAAUAAUACGAUUUAAAUUAUAUCUUUACAUUAAAAACCUAACUCUGU